AUGAGUUAUAACUACUUGCCGUUAGAUAAAAAUCCGACCGAUUUUCAGCAGAUAAAGAAUUUACUGGCGCACGAACAGCUUGUCUCCAUAACCUUUGAUGCCCACGACCGCAUAAGCAAAUGCCGCAAAUACCUGGAUGAUAAAAUGGCCGGUUCCGAUGAUUUGUUUUAUGGCAUCAAUACCGGUUUUGGCUUUCUGCAAAAUGUACAUAUAGAUAAAACCCAAUUGCAGGAAUUACAAAAGAACCUCAUAAAAUCACACGCCUGUGGGUUGGGAGAAGAAGUACCCCGGGAUAUUGUGAAGCUGAUGAUAGCCUUUAAAAUUAAAUCGCUCAGCUAUGGUUACUCAGGUGUGCAGACAGACACGGUUGAAAGGCUGAUGGACAUGUACAACAACGAUGUUUUGCCUGUUGUGUACACCCAAGGCUCAUUGGGCGCUUCCGGCGAUCUUUCGCCGCUCAGCCACUUAAGUUUACCACUGAUAGGUUUGGGAGAAGUUUAUCAUGGCGGUGUUAAAAUGGCUGCUGCAGAUGCGCUUAAAAAAUUCGAAUGGAAACCCAUUGACCUUAAAAGUAAGGAGGGGCUUGCGCUGAUAAACGGCACUCAAUUUAUGAGCGCUUAUGGUAUGCAUAGUCUCUUGCAAAGCGAACGCCUGCUUAAAUGGGCAAAUAUCAUCGCUGCUAUCAGUUACGAUGCUUUUGAUUGUACCACGGAGCCGCUUCAUGAAAAUAUUCACGCAAUACGUGCACACAACGGACAGGUGAGUACAGCAGCAACCAUGCGACAGUUAUUGAAAGGAAGUGAAAUCGCUGCAAAGAAAAAAUCACAAGUACAGGAUCCAUAUUCUUUCCGUUGCAUACCACAGGUGCAUGGUGCAAGCAAAGACAGUUUUGAUUAUAUCCUCAGCGUUUUCAUUAAAGAAAUAAAUUCCGUUACCGAUAAUCCAAAUGUUUUUCCGGAUGAUGACAUGAUCGUAAGCGGCGGAAAUUUUCAUGGUCAGCCUUUGGCCAUCACGCUGGAUUUUCUUGCCAUAGCCAUGGCAGAACUGGGUAGUAUUUCAGAAAGAAGAACCUACCAGCUUAUCAGCGGACAAAGAGGAUUACCCGCAUUCCUGGUUUCCAACCCUGGUUUGAAUUCGGGUUUAAUGAUACCGCAGUACACCGCUGCAGGAAUUGUGAGCGAGAACAAACAACUUUGUACGCCUUCAUCUGUUGAUAGUAUACCCAGCAGCAAUAACCAGGAAGACCAUGUGAGCAUGGGAGCUAAUGCCGCCACCAAAUGUAAAAGGGUGGUGGACAAUGUUGAGAAGGUACUUGCCAUUGAAAUACUGACUGCUGUGCAGGCACUUGAAUUCAGGAGGCCGUUGAAAACAUCGCCCGAACUGGAAGAAAUUGUUGCAGCUUUCCGGAAGGAAGUGAGCUUUAACGAGGCUGACAGGAUCUUGCAUGAGGAUAUG